CUUGGAGCACCAAUCCUUCAGCAUCUGGAAGGGCCAGGAGAUUUGAAGGAGCAGCUGCUCUAAUAAUUAUGGUAAUACCUGAGUCACCUUGGCCUGGACCACAUUGAAGAGGAAGCUAGCAAGCCAGUGAGCUGGGGAGCUAUCCAAAAAGGAGCGCAAGGGGUAAACAGACAGAGAGGAAAUUUCUGCGAGGCAUUGACGUGGAAGUAUUGCAAUCGCCAAUUGAGGAGAGGAGGAAGGCUCCAUGGAGAUAUCCAUCCUGUAUAGAGAAUGUCUGCAUUUCGUUUAUUAUAAGAGGGUGACAGCGGUCGGUCGAGUAGAGUGAAAGGAAAUGAGACAAGCGGAUAGGUAACCUCACUGACCAACUACUCCUAAAGGAAGGAGAGAGGAAAAGAGAAACGAGGCCACCCGGUUGGAUCAAUACAGCCAGACAGCAGCACGGAUGGAAUAGUAAUAAAAGACAACGUGUUUCCAGAAGGCACAGCGACAGAAUGAAAAAAUACGACAGAAGGGAGGGGAAUCGCCAAAAGGAAUAAAAGGCAACGGAGACGUGGAGCAAAACCUCAGCUUGGAUGGAUCGGCUGAUGGAAACCCGCAUGUCCACUAAGCUGGCGGAGAGACAUCAAGAACAGAAGUGACCCAAAUACCAACUCAAAUCCUGCAGACCAUUUGAAGGCUGGUCCAGCCAGAGCCAUCAGCAGCAAUGGUGUGAUGAGAGAGACUACCAGACAUCCAAAGACUGAGAAGCAGAAGAGGAUUAGCAAGGUCGAGCAUCCUUUUCCUCCCCAAAUGGAAACAUAGGACACUUCAUCCCAGGCAGAAGGAGCAGCUCUGACCGAGAGAGAGGAGAACAACUCUUCGGUCGAUUCUUUUGGCUGCAGGGUCAGAAGGUGAAUCUUGCCCUACUUGGACUGUGUUGAAAUAGCCAGGGGCUACGAAGGAAGGACACCAGCUUCUCCUCCAUGGCCUGUGCCCCACCGUCACCUCUGACCCCUGGCAAUAUCCCUCGCAACCUCAGCUACAUUGCAGGCCUCUAUGAGCGAGCCUACUACCGCACCGCCCGCCCAAGCCUGGCUGAGGACUCGGGCACCGAAGGCUCCGAAUCGGAGUCGGAGGGCAGGCCCCGGGGCCGACCCCGCAGGCGCCGGCACCUUUUUGGGGGCCACAAGAGGAAGGGAAGGCGCCGGACCCGCUCGGCCCCAGCCCGGGGAAGGAGCAGGGGGCCCUCGCGGAGCCGCAGCCCAGGGACACGCAAGAGGGUCCGCUUUGCCGACUCUCUGGGCCUCGAGUUGACCAGCGUCCGGCAGUUCUGGCCCAAUGACCUCCCACAAGUGCCAGAGCGUGUCCACACCCAGCUAAGGCGGGAUUCACUCAGCCAUUUUGCCCCUUGCCUGCCUUUUUCCCCGCCAGUAAAGGAUCCUUUGAGCCUUCAGUGCCUGCUGGAACCCACCUUCCUGGAUCCCCUAAGCAUGCCGGAUUUCUCCCAACGCCUCCUGGCGCAAUGUGUGCUGCUGGAAGGAGCCCGGGCGGAGGGAUCCUGUGUCUCCGGCACCAUCCGGGUGCUCAACUUGGCCUAUGAGAAACGGGUCUCCGUCCGUUACACCUGGGACUACUGGGCCACCAGGCAUGAUGCCCGGGCCUCCUAUGCCGCCCCUGCAGGCCGGGGCCGAGACCAUGCCGACCGUUUUGCCUUCCGCUUGCUGCUGCCCGUCCCACUCCCUCCGGGAGUCUUUCUGGAGUUUGCCCUGUGCUACGUGGUGGGUGGGAAGGAGUUCUGGGACAACAACGAAGGUCGAAACUAUUCCUUCCGACCCCCGCCUUGCGUGGACGAGGAAGAGGAGCCCCCCAGUCCCACUCAGGAUUGCUGUGAGACCGGGUGGAUACACUUCCUAUAAGGAGGAAGGAGUGAUGUCCAUCCACAGAAAUACUAAGAUGAAGGAGGAGGCCAAGGAGAGGACAAGGGAAGGGGAAAGUUUACUAAAACUCUCCCUUAACAUGACUUGUCUUGAACCCAAGAAUUGAGAUGGUGUGAUAGCUCUCCUGUCCACAGCUUGAAACCUUGGCUUCUAUUGUUAGGCAGAUCUACACUGCAGAAUUAAUGUGACGUGACCGCUUUCAAUUGCCAUAGCUCCAUACUAUCAAAUCAUGGGAGCUGUCAUUUUACAAGAUCCUUAACCUUCUCUGCCAACUGAUGUGGGCACCUCACUAAGCUACAACUUCUGUACUUCCAUACCAUUGAAGUGGUGUCAAACUGCAUUAUUUCUACAGUGUAGAAUUAUAGAAUCCUAGAGUUGGAAGAGACCUCAUGGGCCAUCCAGAGAAACCACUUAAAUCCACAAGCAUGUGGACAAUCAUAGAAUCAAAGAGUUGGAAGAGACCUCAUGGGCCAUCCAGUCCAACCCCUUGCCAAGAAGCAGGAAUAUUGUAUUCAAAUCACCCCUGACAGAUGGCCAUCCAGCCUCUGUUUAAAAGCUUCCAAAGAAGGAGCCUCUACCACACUCCAGGGCAGAGAGUUCCUCUGCUGAACAGCUCUCACAGUCAGGAAGUUCUUCCUAAUGUUCAGGUGGAAUCUCCUUUCUUGUAGUUUGAAGCCAUUGCUCCGCAUCCUAGUCUCCAGG